AUGUUACGACAGGGAGCUAGCCUGCUGCUGCAGGGCGCAGCGGCCGCGGCCUCCGGCUGCACUGCCCACGCCGCCGCCCCACUGCUCGGCGCCGCGGCGCACCUGCAGCGGCGCGCGCUCAGCAGCGCCCCCGAGCCGGGCAAGAAGAUCACCGCGACGCUGUUCCCCGGCGACGGGAUCGGGCCGGACAUUGCGGAGGCGGUUAGGGAGAUUUUUGAGGCGGCCGGCGCGCCCAUUGAGUGGGACGUGCAACACCUGGGCAAGACCGUGGACGAGCGCACCAACAGCUUUGUGACGCGGGAGAACCUGGACUCGGUGCUGAAAAACGGCAUCGGCCUGAAGGGCCCCAUGACCACCCCCAUCGGCAAGGGCUUCCGCUCCCUGAACCUCACCCUGCGCAAGGAGCUGCAGCUGUACGCCAACGUGCGGCCCUGCUUCAGCCUGCCGGGCUACAAGACGCGCUACGACAAUGUCAACCUCGUCACCAUCAGGCGAGGUCACGUGGGGUCCAAUGCAUGCGAUCCGCGUGAUCCGACAUGA